AAAUUACUGGCGAUUGUUGGGUCAAGAAGCUCGCAACAAGGAUAGCGACGGUAGCAUAAAUCCAGACUUCAACUACUUUUCUGUCACUGUUCCUAUAUCCAAAACAUAUACCAUUGUCGAUUUUCAGAGUUUGGAAUUUUGGGUUUAGGCUACUGCUUCCUUCAAUUCCACUUCUAAUUCUGUACAUAUGUUAUUUUACAACGGAGUAUGCAAGGCUACUCUCUGUAUUCACUUAAAGUUUGUCCCUUUUCCCCCUUUUCUCUUCCUUCAAAUUCACUGCCCUUUAAAUUGAACUCAUGGAAAAGAAGGGUUCACUCUUCCCAUUUUGUAAAUCCUUCUGAUUAUGCCCCCAACAAACGUUUGCUUCUUUUCAAGGUACAUGCAACUGCUGCUGAAACUGAUCAACCAAAAUGGUGGGAAAAGAAUGCCUCAAAUAUGGUUGACAUCCAUUCAACUCAACAAUUUUUAGAUGCUUUAAGUCAAGCUGGAGAUAGAUUAGUGAUUGUUGAAUUUUAUGGCACAUGGUGUGCCUCUUGUCGUGCGUUGUUCCCCAAGGUCUGCACGAUUGCUGAAAAACACCCAGAAAUCUUUUUCCUUAAGGUGAACUUUGAUGAGAACAAGCCCUUGUGCAAAAGCCUAAAUGUAAAAGUCCUUCCAUAUUUCCAUUUCUACAGAGGCGCUGACGGUCUGUUGGAUUCCUUUUCCUGUUCUCUCGCAAAGCUCCAGAAACUAAAGGAUGCAAUUGCAAAUUAUAAUAACCCAGCUAAUGCAAAUGAGAGUACACUGAAAGGCACUGGUGAUUCUCAACUUCUGUGAAGUUUCUGCAUAUGACAAUGAUGGACAGUCAAAAUCGUCUUCGAAGUAUAAAUAAACAAAUGUGUGUACUAUAUUUUCUUUCAAACCCUUACUGCAGACUGCUAUGGGCUGUGUCACACUCACAGCUUUUCUUCUAUAAUAUGCUAGAAAGCUGCACAUCGUUCUUUGUACAAAGCAUUCUUUUUUUUUGCCAUUGCUGUAAUCUAUCUCACGUGACGUUAUGGUGAAAAGUUCAAAACAAAAUCACUAUCAGAUGUGUUUUGUAUGAGUGUUUCAGGAUUUUAUUCAAUUUGAAGUCGAUGGAAAUGGCAAGAACAUUAGAGCCUAUUGCAUUCACUAUGUGCUUUUGACUAUUCGCGACUGUUAAUGCUGGAAGGUAUUUGGGUUUUGUAACUA